CGAGCUCAUCAUCUCUCGCAUCGAUUCUUCAACUCUCAAAGAAUCGCAAGUCUUGCUAUUGAAAGAAUCGGAACAAACAAGAGAUAUCAAGAAGAGCCAUGGUGUCACCGCAACCGGGUAAAUCGAUCUCCGGCAAGGACAAUACAACCCCGCCCGACGGAAGCAGCGGCAAGAGACCUCCAUCUUCUUCCGAAGAUAAAUCUCCUUCAGCCAAACGCCAAAAGUUGGACGAGGGCGACGGCGCUUCGGCGGCUAAAGAAACUAAUACACUGACUCCUGCAGAUUCUGGUAAAAGCGAUUUGGGUGAAACCACUUCAACCUCUGGAGACGCCAAAAAGAUUGAGGCCUCUGCAGCGGCGGCUACGACGGCGCGACUACCACCUGUUGCGAAAGUCUCAGCGCCGAAUUUGCAAGAGAAGCCAAAUACGAGUACUUUUCGGGGAUGGACAUAUGUACACGGUAGCUAUAAGAGCCCGUGGUAUCGACUUCUGGCACAGUCUCAACGGUAUCCAACCCUUAACAUUCGUGAAUCGACCUUCACUCUUGGUUUUAGUAUAUCCUGCAACUUCCAAUUAAAUGACGACGAUAUCAGUUCAUUCUUGUGCAAAAUCACAAGAAUUCAGCGCAAAGGCAUUGUUGUAGCGGUUCUAGAGGCCACAGGAAGCAGGGGACCUGUGUGGUUAAACAGAAAAGCUGUCGUGAAGAAUGUUUGCCAUGUGCUAAACUCUGGUGACGAAGUGUCUUUUGGUCUUCACCAGAACUAUGCUUUUAUAUUUCAGCAAUUGACUAAAGUCACAGAAAAAGCUGGUACAGUUCAGGUUCCUGCAGGAAAGUUUCUAGAGUUGGAGAGAAAGGCAAGAGAUCCAACAGGUAAUUCAAUUAUCGAAACGUUAGCAAUCUUGCAGCACGACUCAUCCCGUAAGAGCCAGAAAGCACCAGGGAAGCCUGCUACUUCUUCUGUGGUCCAAGUUGACAGCAUGGAAGGAAGAUUUUCUGUUGACAAUCAAAGUAAUAAAGCUGCAGAUAGUGGAGCAGUCAGCAGCCACAACCAAGAUUCAAAAAUGAAGAUAUUAGAUGAGAAAAACGAGGUGACAAGAAUUUCACAACAAGCUUCAACAUCAGGCAAUGUUCUGCGAUCUGCAAAAUUCAGAGAAGGCAUUCAAGCUGGAAUUAUUGAAGGCAAAAGCUUGGAAGUUUCAUUCAAAAAUUUUCCCUAUUAUUUGAGUGAAUAUACAAAGACUAUCUUAAUAUGUGCUUCACAUGUACAUCUUAAGAAAAAAGAAUAUGCCCAUUAUGCCUCCAACAUGACCACUUUGAAUCCAAGGAUAUUGCUUUCUGGUCCCACAGGGUCUGAAAUAUACCAAGAGAUGUUAGCUAAAGCACUUGCCAAUCACUUUGAGGCGAAAUUGCUAAUAUUUGACAGUCAUCCAAUUCUGGGGGCUUUGGCUUCUAUAAAUUCAUGUAACCUUCCUACACAGAGUCUUGAGCUCAUUGAUCGAGGGAAAAGCUCAAAUUUGUCAGCCGGUGAAGGAGAUGCUUCUAGUUCUAGCCCUUCUCCUGCUACUUCUUCUGGUCCUGACUCCCCCCCAAAGUUGGAGCCGGAGACUUUACCUCUUUCAUAUAGAACUCCAGUUAAUCAUACUUUGAAGAAAGGUGACAGGGUAGAAUUCAUGGGUACUGAGGUUUAUCCGGGGCCUUCUACCGAUAUGGGCGUAAGGGGACCUCCUCCUGGUUCUAAAGGGGAAGUACUUUUAGUAUUUGAUGAGAAUCCUUCAGCUAAAGUGGGUGUUAGAUUUGAUAAUCCAAUACCUGAUGGAGUUAAUCUUGGUGAACUGUGUGAAAUGGAACAUGGGUUCUUCUGCAAAGUUGCUGAUCUGCAGUUCGAAAGCUCGGGUUCUCAGGAUCUAGAUAGAUUACUUGUCAACACAUUGUUUGAGGUUGUCCAUGCCGAGAGCAGAACUUGUCCGUUUAUUCUAUUUUUGAAAGACGCCGAGCAAUCUGUUGGAAAUUACGAUUUGUACUGUGCGUUCAAAAUCAGACUUGCAUAUCUCCCGGAAAACGUAAUUGUGAUUUGUUCACAUAUUCAACCUAAUCAUGUCAAGGAGAAGUCUCAUCCUGGAGCUCUAUCUUUCCCUAAGGUCAGCAGCAGCCUACCUGCUUUUCUUGGCAGCAGCCUACCUGCUUUUCUUCGCGUAGCCAUUCCAGACUUUCCAGAUAUUGGACCACAGUAUGCGCGAGGGGAGGAAGUGGAAGUUCCAGUGGAAACAAAACGUCUAGAGGAGCUCUUUGGGAAUAAAGUUACUAUUCAAAUUCCCCAGGAUGAGGAAGAACUUACAUCCUGGACGUAUCAGUUGGAUCGUGAUGCUGAGAUUUUGAAAACGAAGGCUAAUUACAAUCACUUGCGCAUGGUGUUGGGACGAUGUGGUCUGGAAUGUGAAGGAAUUGAGACGCUGUGCAUGAAGGAUCUCACACUUCAAAGCGACAGUGCAGAAAAGAUCAUUGGAUGGGCCCUUGGCGACCAUGCAAGGCGUAAUCCUGAUACUGAUCCAGAUACUAGGGUUAUUUUGUCUCGUGAUAGCAUGCAAUUUGCAAUAGGACUCUUACAGGCUGUUCUAAAUGGUUCCACGAGCUCAAAGAAGUCUCUCAAGGACAUUGUAACAGAAAAUGUGUUUGAGAAGCGGCUUAUAAGUAAUGUUAUUCAGCCCAGUGACAUUGAUGUUACAUUUGAUGACAUUGGGGCACUUGAGAAAGUUAAAGAUACCUUAAAGGAACUGGUAAUGCUUCCUUUACAACGGCCUGAACUUUUCUCCAAGGGGCAAUUAACAAAGCCUUGUAAAGGAAUUCUCUUAUUUGGGCCUCCUGGAACUGGAAAGACCAUGCUUGCAAAAGCAGUUGCAAAGGAAGCUGAUGCGAACUUCAUCAACAUCUCAAUGUCAAGCAUCACAUCUAAGUGGGUUGGUGAGGCUGAGAAAUAUGUCAAAGCUGUCUUUUCGUUGGCCAGUAAAAUUUCCCCUAGCGUUAUCUUUGUGGACGAGGUGGACAGCAUGCUAGGCCGAAGAGAAGCAACGAGGGAACAUGAAGCCAUGCGGAAGAUGAAAAAUGAGUUCAUGAUACAUUGGGACGGUCUAAGGACAAAGGAAAUGGAACGUGUUCUGGUUCUUGCGGCCACAAAUCGGCCUUAUGACAUUGAUGAGGCUGUCAUUAGACGGUUGCCCCGUAGGUUGAUGUUGGGACUACCAGAUGCUCCAAAUAGAGCAAAGAUAUUAAAGGUUAUACUUGCAAAAGAAGACUUGUCCCCUGAUUUGGAUAUUGAUGGGGUUGCUAGCAUGACUAAUGGAUAUUCUGGAAGCGACCUUAAGAAUCUAUGUGUUACUGCUGCCCACCGUCCGAUCAAGGAGAUAUUGAAGAAAGAAAAAAAUGAGCGAGAUGCUGCUCUGGCUGAAGGCAAAGUUCCUCCAGCUCAAAGUGAAAGUUGUGAUAUCCGAGCUUUAAACAUGGAUGAUUUCAGAUACGCACAUGAACAGGUGGGUUCGAGUGUUUCAUCAGAGUCUGAGAACAUGACAGCGCUUCAACAAUGGAACGAACUCUACGGGGAAGGUGGAUCCAGAAAGCAGGAAACACUCAGCUACUACAUGUAGUAGGAUCGAAUCUACUUGAGAAACCAUAACUCAAUUUUCGUCUCUAAAAGAACUCUCUGUUGCAAGCAGAUUGUAUAGUAUAUACUGUAUGUAACAUUUUCAGGGUUAAUAGUAUAUAGGUAAUAAAGUAGGAGAUAAAAGAUU